AUGGGACUUUGCAAAAGCAAACACAAACCUAGGAAAGGUGAGGAGCAAAAGGGGCGCGUCUAUUCAGUUCCCAAGGCCAAGGAAAGGCCGACGGGCAGGCAUUCUCAAGAGUCUGAGAAGCCUCCGGACACUAAGCCUGCAGAGAGCCUCCAUGGAAAGAGAGGGGCAGCCAAGCGACAGUGGCCUUCAUCUGAAGUCGAAGAGAAACCUGAUGUAAAGGUAAACUCGAGCCAGAAGAAAGCUGUCAUUCCACAGAUCAUCAUCACUAAAGCCUCACAAGAGACUCUAACCAGCUACGGUUCCAUCAGAAGUGAAGAGCAGAGAACCAUUCAGGAGCAGGCUGAAUGGGGCCCCUAGUACCGACACAGAAACCCUAGCACAGUAGACGCCUAUGGUUUACGAGAAUAA